UUUCCUGCUGCAAUAUGGUGUAUUCGAUUCAGCCAAGGUUCUCUGCACCUUCUGCACCCAUCCACGGUGCGCUGCACCUAAACCCUCGAUUCUCCGAGGUACAGCGGCGCCCCCUGAACUCUCGUCCUCGAUUGCACGGGGUGCGAGGUUAGGUGUCGUCGCGGUGCAGCGCACCUUUGAACCUUGCUGCGACGAGGUGCAGCCGCACGAACGAUCCACGAAGCGCCAUCGCAGACGCGUGCAGACGACACUAUGGCGAUGUUUGUGGAUAUCGACGGCGUUCGCACGCAAUUGUUCCCGAUCGUAGAUGAACUUGGCGUGAUAGUCUAUGACGGAGACGCCGAGCUGUACACUACAGCAGAUGGAAGACGGGUGCGUGUACUCUGCACACCUAGCGGUUUUGCCGCCGAUUGUUCGGACAAGGAGCUGCAGAACAGCCAUACAAAUACGGAGCUGCCGAAAGCCGCUACUCCGCGAUGCGGAGAUGCCACGCCAGCGACCACUGAAGCUGCUGCCGCAGCUGUCGUGCCGUGUGGAGCCAUGCCGUCUCCGCAUUGCGAUUCUGAAGAAGCUUUGUGGAGUGGCCGGAGAACUAAGUUUCUCAUUGAAUGCUAUAAAGAGCAUUUCGGCCGCAUCGGGAAAAAGGGGGGACUAAGGGAGCUGCAGGAUACAACGCAGGCCCCAGAAGCGGCGCUUAGCCCAACCACAAGUGUGGUUGGGCUAAGCCACGUGGAGCCAAGCUGAAGAAGGACCCGCCCUUGGUGCAGCUGC